UGUGGAUUUAUACCAAACUCAACUGAGAGUGAGUCAGUGACACCCUUAGUGGUCCUCCCACUCUUCACAGAAGUUAAUUGGUAAUUAAUAUGCGUUCUGCAUUGGUUGCCUGUGUAUAAAUUGCUUGUACUUGCCACUGCUUGGCACACAUCAUAAGCAAGCAUUUAGAUACUCUCUGCACGUUCAAGUCAUGGAUCAAAACCCCCGUAGUCUUUUCUUUGUAACCUUCUUUGGCCUCUUGCUCCUAAGUCCUCAUGUAUCCUGUCAACUUGAUUACAAAUUCUAUGCCUCCACUUGUCCGAACCUGCCAAAGAUUGUUCGAUACAGUGUAUGGUCAGCCAUUGCAAAUGAUACUAGGAUGGCAGCCUCUCUCUUGCGGCUUCACUUCCACGAUUGUUUUGUUAAUGGAUGUGACGCGUCAGUUUUGCUUGAUGAUACUGGCACAACUAAAGGGGAGAAGAAUGCGUUCCCUAAUAAGAACUCAGUUAGAGGUUACGAGGUCAUUGACACAAUAAAGACCAAUUUGGAGAAAGCUUGCCCAUCCACUGUUUCCUGUGCUGAUGUGCUAACUCUUGCAGCAAGAGAUGCUGUUUUUCUUGCUGGAGGAUACUAUUGGGAUGUACCCUUGGGUCGCCGAGAUGGCACAACAGCAAGUGAGAGUGAAGCUAACAACUUGCCAAGCCCCUUUGAGCCCUUAGAAAACAUCACUGCAAAAUUCACUUCAAAGGGGCUUGAUGUAAAGGAUGUAGUCGUCCUAUCAGGUGCGCACACUAUUGGGUUCGCUCAAUGCUUUACAUUCAAGUCAAGGCUCUUCAAAUUUGCUAAUGGUAAACCUGAUCCAACACUGGAUGCAUCCCUCCUACAAACUUUGCAGAGCACAUGCCCAGAAGAUGAUGCUGCUUCUGACACCAAAUUGUCUCCCUUGGAUCCAGUCACUUCGAAAAAAUUUGAUAAUAUCUAUUACAGAAACCUCGUGAACAAUUCUGGGCUACUUCAGUCAGACCAAGCUCUUAUGGGGGACAAUAAAACCGCUUCAAUGGUCAUUAACUAUAGCAUGUACCCAUAUCUUUUCUACAGGGAUUUUGCAGCAUCAAUGGUGAAGAUGGCCAGCAUAGGUGUGCUUACAGGGCAGAGUGGAGAGAUUAGAAAAAACUGUAGAGUGGUGAACUAAAAAACCUGUGUAUGUGAAAUAAACGAUCUUCAAAAGGGUUCUUGGGAUGUAAGUAGUAAGAAUGAAAUGCAGGUCUCUAAUUUAGAACUCUUGUGACAA